AUGGCAACUCCAGCUGUGCGUCACAUCUCAGAAUGCUUUAUCAAACCAAAGCAUAAUUCAGAAGAGUCCAAGGAGCCCUAUUACCUGACACCAUGGGACCUUGCCAUGCUCUCACUCAAUUAUAUCCAGAAGGGCCUUCUCUUUACCAAACCUUCUGCAGUGAAUGAUCCACAAGACUUCAUGACAACCCUCUUGGACAGGCUCAAGGAUUCACUUGCUCUCAUACUCGUCCAUUUCUACCCACUUGCAGGCCGCCUAGCAACCAAAAGGGAGGAGAAUCCACCCUCUUACUUGGUCUUCGUAGACUGCAACAACAGUCCCGGAGCUAAAUUUAUCCACACAGCUGCAGAUAUGACAAUAUCUGACAUCCUCUCACCAAUUCAUGUACCCUCAGUUGUUCAAUCAUUCUUUGACCAUGACAGGGUGCUCAACCAUGAUGCUCACACCUUGUCUUUGUCUUUGCUAUCCAUUCAAGUGACAGAGCUUUUGGAUGGCAUCUUUAUAGGAUGUUCCGCAAAUCACAGCAUAGUUGAUGGCACCUCUUUCUGGCAUUUCUUAAACGCAUGGUUGGAGAUAUUCAAUGCACAAGAGAAGAAUACUUCCAUCUCACGUCCACCCAUCCUAGAGCGCUGGCUUCCUGAUGGUUGUGGUCCAGUUGUCAGCCUUCCUUUCACUCACCAUGAUCAAUUCAUCAGCAGAUUUGAAGCACCCAUACUCAGAGAAAGAAUCUUCCACUUCUCAUCAGAAUCAAUAGCAAAACUCAAAGCAAAGGCAAAUGCAGAGUGUAACAGCAACAAAAUCUCCUCCUUCCAGGCAUUGUCUGCACUUGUCUGGAGGUCCAUAACACGAGCGCACUGUUUACCACAUGAACAGAAAACCAUUUGCGGGUUGGCCGUCAAUAACAGAAAAAGAUUGGACCCCCCCUUGCCAGAGAAUUACUUUGGGAACUCAAUUCAGAUGGUGAGUGGCAUUGCAACUGCUGGUGAACUGCUUGAACACAAUCUUGGGUGGGCAGCAUGGCUCCUGCACAAGGCUGUGGUCAGCCACACUGACAAAGCUGUGCGUGGGUGGCUUGAGUCAUGGCUCCAAUCACCAGUUGUUUAUCAAUUAGGCCUGUUUUUUGACCCAAAUAAUGUGAUAAUCGGGAGCUCACCCAGAUUCAACAAGUAUGGGAAUGAGUUUGGAUUGGGGAAAGCAUUAGCACUUCGCAGUGGUAAUGCACACAAGUUUGAUGGGAUGGUGUCAUGUUACCCAGGACGUGAAGGGGGAGGAAACAUAGAUUUGGAGGUGUGCCUAACACUGAACUCAAUGAGUGCUCUUGAAUCCAACCCAGAGUUCAUGGAGGCUGUCUCUAUAUCAUCUUAG